AUGGAAACCAAUCAAGAAGCGUUUGGUAUCACUGAUGUUUCGGGGUGGCACGAGGAUGACGAUGACAAGGAAGGAUAUGUAUACAGGAAUUUGGAGUUUGCGUGUGAGAUGGGGAAGGUGUCUGUGUCUCAUGGCGAGACCCUCGUACAAAAGUGGUCUAAUGGGAUGCAACAAAUGAAUCCACGACUUUUACAUUCAAUGCCAAUUCCCGAAAUCCCGGCAGAUGACGACGAUGCGCUCAUGAAACACGAGGCACGUUUCCGUACUCAUCACCCAAGUGCAACUGACUACAAUGUGCUAUUGAACCACGAAUUGCGUUCAUUUCUCAUGGCCCCUAAAAAAAUGAAUAUAAACUGUGGUGAUAUGUAA